GAAGCGCUGCAACUGGGCAUUGGAGUGAGCACUCUGAUUGGAUCGGUGUACCGUGUACUGACCAAGCUUAUCUUCCCCCCGACGAUGACUGUCAUCUCUAGUCUGCUGUACUUCUACAGUGGUAUGUACAGUAGCAUAAUAUAG